UACAGUGUGCAUUCAGCCAAGCAAUACGGUGCAUCGCGGUUACUGUGAGUUGACAGUCAGUAAUGGUGGCACAACAGACAUGAAACGUUGUGGGUAAAGUUCAUGGCCAUAAACGACGAAUCUGCCUAUAGCCCUAUUUCAAUCACAAUGUAGCCUAGCUGUACAUGAGUAGCACUGCGUGUAAAAGCGCGUAGGCCUUUAAAUAAACGAUCACUGCUCAGUUAUGAUUUUUUAUGUUUAUGAAUAAAACAGCGUACAACAGCGCACACCCAAUAAUAAAGUCUGUGUCAGCAAUUACAGUUGCAUUCUCACAACUUGAAAUUCAGCAGGACUAACACCGCUAGCCUGUAUAGCCUUGGGUGUGUUUUUCUGUCAGCGGAUCAUGGCAAAGCCCAAGCCGGGGAAAGAGGGCUUCCCUCCCGGCCCAAUGACCCUGCCUCUGAUCGGUAGCAUGGUGAACUUCGGCGACAACGACGCUUUCCUGGCCAAGUGGGACGAUUUGUGCCGGCAGUAUGGCAGCGUGUUCAGCAUCAAGAUGGAGGGCCGUUGGGUGGUGUUUGUAACCGGCUGGGAAGCGGUUCGCGAGGUCCUGGUAAAGAAAGGGCUUGACUUCUGUGAUAAACCCAGGUCCCCUUCCGCUGAUCGCUACAAUCCCGAGUACAAAGGGAUUUUGAUGCUCCAUGUAAUGAUCAAUGGAAAAUCCAGCGAAGUUUUGCCCACACUACACUGCGUGGCUUCGGCUUUGGUAAAGUAAGCCUUGAAGGGGCCAUCACGAAGGAAGUUACACAUCUGAUCGAUAAACUACAGGCACACGGGGGCCAACCGCUCGACCCCCGGGACCUUCUCGGUGCUCACACCACUAAUGUUCUCUUUUCCAUCACCUUUGGCAUCUGUUUCGCCCACGACGACGCCGAGUUCCAACGCUUGCUGGACUGGUCCCGGACCCUGAUGGCCAAUUACGAUCUUUCCGGCUGGUCCAUUGUCCACAGCGUGGACAAAGCCGCACGCGGGCUGGAGAAAUUCGUCAAGGAGCAGAUUGAGAGUCACGCAAAAUCCCGCGUGGCAGGCGAGGAAGCACGAGAUUUCAUCGACGCCUACUUGGCUAAGAUUGACGAAGACCCGGCCAGGUUUACGCAUGACGAACUUGCUUGCGUCUUGGUGGAUUUGAUCGGUGCUGGCAUCGAGUCUGUGUCCUUCACAUUACUGUGGACACUUGUUUAUAUGAGUCUAAACCCGGGCGUCCAAGAAAAAGUGCAUCAAGAAAUCAAAACUGUUAUAGGAGACCGUAAUGUCAAAUGGGAAGACAGAAAUUCCUUGCCUUACAGUCAGGCUACCUUGAUGGAGAUCCAUAGAGCCGCCAGCCUUUCCUACAUGGUUGUCAGGGCUGCAUACACAGACUCUACCAUCUUUGAUUACAAGAUACCGAAGGGAACUGAACUAUGGGUGAAUAUUUGGUCAGUACACCAUGAUCCAGCUGUGUGGUCGGAUCCAAACACCUUUAACCCAGCAAGGUUCCUGAACGCUGAAGGCACUGAAAUGGUCCGUCAUGAAGGUUUCAUUCCUUUCUCGGCCGGGCGCAGAGGUUGCAUGGGAGAAUCUCUGGGUAAGAUGGAACUCUUCAGCUUCUUCGUCUCUCUCCUACAACACUUCCGGGUGGAAACACCCCCGGGUGAAGCUCCGCCCACUACUGAGGGAGUUUUAGAUUUCACUAGAAACCCCAAGCCUUUCAAAGUCCGCUUUGUCCCUCGAGUAUAAGAAAGUUGGGAUGAGCGCUGGAAUGUUCCAAACGAGGCAUUUCAGUCUUCACUGUGUAUUUCUUAUUGAUGAUAGAUUGGAUUUGCUUUACAUCUUUAAUAUUUCUGGUGAUGUUGUAUAAUAUUUAUGCCAUGACUUAAGAUGUGUUGAUGGUUACACUAACCUGGACCCAGAUUGUGGACGGUAACGUCAAAUUACGAACGAAA